AUGAUUGAGUAUUUUGGCAAAGCAGUUGCCGAUCUUGGAGUUAGGAUAAACGAGAACGUUCUUGGCGUCAUGGACUUAAUUGACAUAUGUGUCUUCGAAGAUGAAUUGCUUGAUUCCGGAUUGAUCGCGCAAUAUUUCACUCUCGACGUUAUCUGUGACGUCGCACUUGGAAGACUGUUUUGCAAUCUAGCGUCUCACUUGGAUGUCCCCGAGUACUUUCACAUGACGGAGCGAAAAAUGCUGAGUAUCAUCGUUGCGGCCGCUCUUCCCUCCUUGCUUACUGUGCUGUUAUCGGGCUUCUGGCGGCUGCUGUUUUCAGAAGCGAUGACACCGGCCUUCAAAUGUUGA